AUGACAGAAUCUCUGGAGCCGAGCGACGACCUCAGCGUUCCGGCUCCGUCACACGACGUGGAGCCGCUCCGGGACGAUGACCCGCACUGCCCCCUGCCUUUAAGGCUGCAGUUUGUGGACGACCUCUCCUAUGAAGAUGUGAAGAAGUGCUACAGAGGCUCGACCGUCAGUAAAUACAACUCUCAGUAUCACAAGCUUUUCCAGACGGUUCCCAAAGAGGAGAUUCUUAUGAAAGUGUACUCCUGUGCCUUGCUGCGCGACAUCCUCCUUCAGGGACGGCUCUACAUCUCCAGACACUGGUUGUGUUUUUAUGCAAAUCUGUUCGGAAAAGACAUCAAGGUUUGCAUCCCGGUGGUCUCUGUGCGGUUGGUGAAGAAGCACCGGACUGCAGGACUGGUCCCUAAUGGCCUCGCCAUCACCAUCGACACGGGCCAGAAGUAUGUAUUUGUGUCGCUGCUCUCCAGAGACAGUGUGUACGACGUGCUCAGAAGGAUCUGCAAUCACCUCCAGGUGAACGGGAAGAGCCUGAGUCUGAAGCAGUAUCUGGAGGAGCCCAGCUCACUCUCGAUGGAUGAGUUUCCAGAGGUGCUGAAGUGGAGAGGAGAGCCAUCUCUCUCUAACGUCUCUGCCUCGCUGCCGGAUCUUUUAGGAACGUCAGCUCCAGGACUAAUCCCCGCCCCCACGGUCUUCAGCACACACACACUCACUGACAGCACGUUGGAGACAGAGAAGAUUCUUCUAACUGAUCCUGUGCCAGAGCUGGGACACACAGAGUACCAGCUGUUGAAGCUGUUUGUCCUACUAGUGCUAGUGUUGGUGCUGUCCUCCUGUUAUCUGGCCUUUAGAGUCUGUCGUCUGGAGCAGCAGCUCAGCUUCCUCAGCAGCCAGCCGCCCAUCAGAGAGAGGUGUGGAGAGGUGCCGUGCUGGUUGGCCAAUCACAGAACUGGAACCUGA